GGAUGAAUGCCUUGAGACCCCACCAGUCUGUGGUCCAAACUCAGUCUGCAACAACACUGAUGGAGACUACAACUGCACAUGUUGGAGUGGAUAUAACGUGACUGAUCCAAGUCUGAAGAGUAGUGAUACCAAUCCCUGUACAGAUAUAAAUGAAUGUGCCUUGAUACCAAAUGUAUGUGAAGCCAACUCAAACUGUGUCAACUAUAAUGGAAGCUAUAAUUGUUCCUGUCUGAAUGGAUAUCAAGUGACCAAUACAAACCAAACCAUAAGUGACAGCAAUCAGUGCAUUGAUGUUGAUGAAUGUCUUCAGUCUUCAUCGAUCUGUGGUCCAAACUCAGUCUGCAAUAACACAGUUGGAGGAUAUAAUUGCACUUGCCAGAGUGGAUAUCAGGUCAUCAACACCAGUCUGCUGAGUAGCGCUGAUAAUCCUUGUACAGAACUUCUUUACUACGAAGCUGAAGUUGAGCUCAACAUAACUUCUGGCAUGAUGGAGGACAUUAUGAAAAUUCUGAAUUCCAUCUCAUCACCUGUAGACGACUCAUUUGAUAUCACUGACACUGCUAUCACAACAGUGUGUUCCCCCAAUGGCACUUCAUACCAGUGCCAAUGUGAAAGUGAAUUCUAUUGGUCUUGUGACAAAUGCCAGACAUAUGGACACUGUGAUGACAUCAUCAACAACACAUGUGGAUGCAUCAAUGCCAUUCCAGAUGACAGACAGUAUUGCCAGCCCAAAACAAACUUCAGCGAUUGUCCAGAUGUAAAUGAAUGCAUUCAGACCCCGUCAAUCUGUGGUCCUAACUCAGUCUGUAACAACACUGAUGGAGACUACAACUGCACAUGUUUGCAUGGAUACCAAGUUUCAAACAUCAGUCAAAGAAUAAGUGAAAGUAAUCCUUGUAUAGACAUAGAAGAAUGCAUUCAGACACCGUCAGUCUGUGGUCCAAACUCAGUCUGCAACAACACCAUUGGAGACUACAACUGUACAUGCUUGAGUGGAUAUAAAGUGACUGAUCCAAGUGUGCAGAGUAGUGCUGACAAUCCCUGUACAGACAUAAACGAAUGUGUUGUGAUUUUGAACCUUUGUGGCCCCAACUCAAACUGUGCCAAUACCAAUGGAAGCUACAACUGUUCCUGCUUGACUGGAUAUCAGGUGGCCAACCCAAAUCAAUCCAUAAGUGAAAGCAAUCAGUGCACAGAUGUUGAUGAAUGCCUUCAGACUCCAUCAGUCUGUGGUCCAAACUCCAUAUGCAACAACACCAUUGGAGACUACAGCUGCUCAUGCUUGAGUGGAUAUAAUGUGACUGAUCCAAGUGUGAAAAGUAGUGAUACCAAUCCCUGUAGAGAUAUAAAUGAAUGUGUGCCAAUUCUAAACAUAUGUGGACCUAACUCAGACUGCGCCAAUUACAAUGGAAGCUACAACUGUUCCUGCCUGAGUGGAUAUCAAGUGACCAAUGCAAAUCAAACCAUAAGUAACAGCAAUCAGUGUACAGAUGUGGAUGAAUGUCUUCAGACCCCACCAGUCUGUGGUCCAAACUCAGUCUGCAACAACACCAUUGGAGACUACAACUGUACAUGUUGGAGUGGAUAUAAUGUGACUGAUUCAAGUUUGAAAAGUAGUGCUGGCAAUCCCUGUACAGAUAUAAACGAAUGUGUGGCAAUUCCAAACAUAUGUGGACCUAACUCAGACUGUACCAAUUUCAAUGGAACGUUCAACUGCUCCUGUCUGAAUGGAUAUGAAGUAGCCAAUGCAAAUCAAUCCAUAAGUGAUAUCAAUCCAUGCACAGAUGCGGAUGAAUGCAUUUGGUCACCGUCAGUCUGUGGUCCAAACUCAGUCUGCAACAACACCAUUGGAGACUACAGCUGCUCAUGUUUGAGUGGAUAUAAUGUGACUGAUCCCAGUUUGAAAAGUAGUGCUGACAAUCCAUGUGAAGAUGUGGAUGAAUGCCUUGAGAUCUCACCAGUCUGUGGUCCAAACUCAGUCUGCAACAACACCAUUGGAGACUACAACUGUACAUGCUUGAGUGGAUAUAAUGUGACUGAUCCGAGUGUGCGAAGUAGUGCUAACAACUCUUGUACAGAUGUGGAUGAAUGCUUUCAAACACCACUGAUUUGUGGUCCAAACUCAGUCUGCAACAACACCAUUGGAGACUACAACUGUACAUGCCACAGUGGAUAUAAUCUCACUGACCCAAAUGUGAAGAGCAGUGAUGCCAAUCCAUGUACAGAUGUGGAUGAAUGCCUUCAGGCCCCACCGAUCUGUGGUCCAAACUCAGUCUGCAACAACACCAUUGGAGACUACAACUGUACAUGCCAGAUUGGAUAUCGCACAACAAAUGUGGAUCUCAGAAUCAGUGAUGGCAAUCCUUGUGCUGAUAUAAAUGAAUGUGUGGAGAUCCAAAACCUGUGUGGUCCCAAUUCAAACUGUACCAAUUACAAUGGAAGCUACAACUGUUCCUGCCAGACAGGAUAUCAACCAAGCUCUGUCAAUCAGUCCAUAAGUGGUAGUAACCAGUGCCAAGAUGUAGAUGAAUGUGACCAGCUUUCAUCGGUCUGUGGUCCAAACUCAGUUUGCAACAACACUAUUGGAGACUACAACUGUACAUGCUUGAGUGGAUAUAGUGUCAACAGUGAAGAUCUACCAAUAAGUAUCUACAAUCAAUGCACAGAUAUACAUGAAUGUAUGGAGACACCAAAUCUGUGCGGUCCCAACUCAAAUUGUACCAACACAAAUGGAAGCUACAGCUGUUCAUGCUGGAGUGGAUAUCAUGCAACAAAUGCAAACUAUCCCAUAAGUGACAUCAACCAAUGCAUUGAUGUGAAUGAAUGCCUUCAGACCCCACCAGUCUGUGGUCCAAACUCAGUCUGCAACAACACCAUUGGAGACUACAGCUGCUCAUGCUUGAGUGGAUACCAGACCAUCAACUCCAGUCUCUUGAUAAAUGAAAGUAAUCCUUGCACAGAUAUAAAUGAAUGUGCUGUACAAGCAAACCUGUGUGGCCCCAAUGCACAUUGCACUAACAACAAUGGAAGCCACAGUUGUUCCUGCUGGACUGGCUAUGAAGUGAGAAAUGCGAGCCAACCUAUAAGUGCCAUGAAUCCAUGCAGAGAUGUCAAUGAAUGCCUUGAGAACUCACUGGUCUGUGGUCCAAACUCAAUCUGCAACAACACCAUUGGAGACUACAGCUGCUCAUGCUUGAGUGGAUAUAAUGUGACUGAUCCAAGUUUGAAGAGCAGUGCUGACAAUCCCUGUGAAGAUGUAAACGAAUGUGUGGCGACAGCAAGCAUAUGUGGUCCCAACUCAAACUGCACCAACACCAACGGAAGCUUCAACUGUUCCUGCUUGACUGGUUAUCAAGCAACCAACACUAGCCAAUCUAUAAGUGACAGCAAUCCGUGCACAGAUGUGGAUGAAUGUUUAGAGAUGCCAUCAGUCUGUGGUCCAAACUCAGUCUGCAACAACACCAUUGGAGACUACAACUGUACAUGCUUGAGUGGAUAUAAUGUGACUGAUCCAAGUUUGAAGAGUAGUGCUGAAAAUCCAUGUACAGAUAUAAAUGAAUGUGUGGAGACAUCAAACAUAUGUGGACCCAACUCAAACUGCGCCAACACCAAUGGAAGCUUCAACUGUUCCUGCCAGAGUGGAUAUCAAGUGACUAAUGCAAGCCAAACCAUAAGUAGUAGCAACCCCUGUACAGAUGUCGAUGAAUGUCUAGAGAAGCCGUCAGUCUGUGGUCCAAACUCAGUCUGCAACAACACCAUCGGAGACUACAACUGUACAUGUUGGAAUGGAUAUAAUGUCACUGAUCCAAGUUUGAAGAGCAGUGAUGACAAUCCAUGUACAGAUAUAAAUGAAUGUGUGGAGACAUCAAACAUAUGUGGACCCAACUCAAACUGCGCCAACACCAAUGGAAGCUUCAACUGUUCCUGCCAGAGUGGAUAUCAAGUGACUAAUGCAAGCCAAACCAUAAGAAGCAGCAACCCCUGUACAGAUGUGGAUGAAUGCCUUCAGACACCAUCAGUCUGUGGUCCUAACUCAGUCUGCAACAACACCAUUGGAGACUACAACUGUACAUGCUUGAGUGGAUAUAAUGUGACUGAUCCAAGUGUGCAAAGUAGUCCUGACAAUCUCUGUGAAGAUAUAAAUGAAUGUGUUGAGACUCCAAACAUAUGUGGACCCAACUCAGACUGUACCAAUACCGAUGGAAACUUCAACUGCUCCUGCCUGAGUGGAUAUGGAGCAACCAACACAAGCCAAUCUAUAAGUGACAGAAAUCCGUGCACAGAUAUAAAUGAGUGUGUUGAGACUCCAAACAUAUGUGGAUCCAACUCAGACUGUACCAAUACCAAUGGAAACUUCAACUGCUCCUGCCUGAGUGGAUAUGGAGCAACCAACACAAGCCAAUCUAUAAGUGACAGAAAUCCGUGCACAGAUAUAAAUGAAUGUGUUGAGACUCCAAACAUAUGUGGAUCCAACUCAGACUGUACCAAUACCAAUGGAAACUUCAACUGCUCCUGCCUGAGUGGAUAUGGAGCAACCAACACAAGCCAAUCUAUAAGUGACAGAAAUCCGUGCACAGAUAUAAAUGAAUGUAUUGAGACUCCAAACAUAUGUGGAUCCAACUCAGACUGUACCAAUACCAAUGGAAACUUCAACUGCUCCUGCCUGAGUGGAUAUGGAGCAACCAACACAAGCCAAUCUAUAAGUGACAGAAAUCCGUGCACAGAUAUAAAUGAAUGUGUUGAGACUCCAAACAUAUGUGGAUCCAACUCAGACUGUACCAAUACCAAUGGAAACUUCAACUGCUCCUGCCUGAGUGGAUAUGGAGCAACCAACACAAGCCAAUCUAUAAGUGACAGAAAUCCGUGCACAGAUAUAAAUGAAUGUGUUGAGACUCCAAACAUAUGUGGAUCCAACUCAGACUGUACCAAUACCAAUGGAAACUUCAACUGCUCCUGCCUGAGUGGAUAUGGAGCAACCAACACAAGCCAAUCUAUAAGUGACAGAAAUCCGUGCACAGAUAUAAAUGAAUGUGUUGAGACUCCAAACAUAUGUGGAUCCAACUCAGACUGUACCAAUACCAAUGGAAACUUCAACUGCUCCUGCCUGAGUGGAUAUGGAGCAACCAACACAAGCCAAUCUAUAAGUGACAGAAAUCCGUGCACAGAUGUAAAUGAAUGUGUUGAGACUCCAAACAUAUGUGGAUCCAACUCAGACUGUACCAAUACCAAUGGAAACUUCAACUGCUCCUGCCUGAGUGGAUAUGGAGCAACCAAUACAAGCCAAUCUAUAAGUGACAGAAAUCCGUGCACAGUCAUAACAACACCAGCUCCUACAACAACCACAACAACAACAACACCAGCCCUUACAACAACCGCAACAACAGCAACAACAACAACACCAGCUCCUACAACAACAACAACAACAACAGUUCCUACAACAACAACAACAACAGCUCCUACAACAACAACAACAACAAAAGCUCCUACAACAACAACAACAACAAAAGCUCCUACAACAACAACAACUACUACAACAACAACAACGACCACAACAACGACCACAACAACGACCACAACCACAGCUGCACCAGAUGAGUCUGCGGGCAUGAGUGUGACAUUACAGGGUGAAUUUGAUACUAGUUUAAAUGAUGAAACAAGUCAAAGGUUUCAAAAUUUGAAGAAUAAUAUACAAGACGCAAUAACAAGCAGUUAUGAAAAUGUACCUGGUUUUAGAUCUGCAACAGUAACAGGAUUCAGGCAAGGUAGUAUAGUAGCUGACAUAAGCAUUACUCAUAGCAAUCUCAACUGGGCCCAGAUAAAUCAACAAAAUAAUGUUCUGGUUGAUGAACUGAAAAAAAAGAACUUUGAGGUUGCUGAUGACUUUGUUUCUGAAAGUGUUUAUUUAGAGACACUUAUUCAAAGGGAAGUUCACUCAAGAGAUGAAUCCAUGAAAUUAAAUUGCCUCCUGUCAAUUGAAGCAAAAAGUGACCCAGAAUGGAGAUUUGGUGGAAAAAUACUCAAGCCAGGACUCAAAUAUGAAAUGUUGUCCCGCACACUGACAGUAAAAAAUGUUGUCCUUGGUGAUCAGGGUCGUUACGAGUGCAGAUAUACCAGAGACUCAAGACCAACUCUUAUCUAUUGGAAAAGAGUAACAAUCAAACCAAAUCCUGUGAUUACACCAGAUUUUUUCCAAAAAACGGUUACUUGUAGAGAGAGUGUUAAUCUGAAAUGCUGUGUGCCAGUCUCAUACCAAGUCAAACUGACUUUAGGACAAGCUGAUCUCGGAACACCAGGAAAGUGUAGUGAAUAUAGAUAUACCACGAAGCCUGGGGAAUGUGGAGAUACGCUGAUAUUUACAUGCGAACUACUUGGCCUCCAAAACAGAAAAAAAACUUUUACAGUGGAUGUUCGUAGACAAACUCAAGUUGUUCCAGAUCCAACUUGUUCAGUGGAUGAGGACAAGGGGUUAGAAGCAGGAGUCGAAGGGGAGGAAGCAACAAUUGGCUGUGGUGAAGGGAGAGUCGGUGAAAUACUGUACAGAUGUGAAGGGGGUGUCUGGGUCCCCAGGCAGGACAGCUGUGUCUUAGAAGAAAUUCAAAACUUGCAAGAAGUAUCAGAGAACCUUAAUGGAGGGGAUGUUUCAAACUUUGUUCUGGAGCUCAGUAACACCACACAGGAUAAUGAUGAUAACAUUGUUACUUCACCAGCAACUAUUGCAUCUAUUGUGUCCAUACUUGACAAUGUUGCAGAGGCUUCCAGUCAAAUCACAGUGGACCAGGAGGUUAUGGAGAAUUUCCUUGACACUGUGAAUGUGAUUGUCUCCCCGAGUGCAAAUAAUGUCUGGAGUAACUUAAAUAGUGAUUCUGGUGAUGAAAAUCGUAGAAGUGCCAGCUCUAACAUGUUGCGUGCUGUGGAAGCGAUGUCGGGUGCACUCGCAGAAGAAGACACCUUUCAGAUUUCGACAGAAAGCCUUUCUUUGAGAAAAUCUGUGGUGACUGAAGCCAAUAAUGUGCUUUCGACAAAUUCAUCUGAAAUUACAAUUGCUCUAACACAGCGAUCUGCAACAAACACCUCAGUUACAAUCAUUGAAUUUUUUACCCUUGAUGGUAUAAUGUCAAACAGAAAUUCAAGAGAAGGUGACGUAAAUUCCACAGAUUCCAUAAAUUCAAUAAAUGGCAAUGUUCUUUUGGUCAAUACAAGUCGAACAGUUGAAAACAUUACUCUGACAUUCCAGAAAAACAACAGUGACUUGGUAAACCCACUGUGUGUCUUUUGGAACUUUGAACUUUUCAACAAUAGCGGUGGAUGGGAUACAUUUGGGUGUGAACCCAAGUUCGACAUAAAUAAUACAGUCACGUGUGAGUGUAAUCACACAACUUCCUUCUCCGUUCUCAUGUCACCAUAUAUACCACCUGAAGCCAAAAGGGCCCUGGAUAUCAUCACAUAUGUUGGAGUUGGAAUAUCAAUCGCCAGCUUGGUAAUCACCCUAAUAAUUGAGGGGAUAGUUUGGCGUGUCAUGACAGCUAAUAAUGACACAGCAUACAUGCGACACGUCUGCAUCGUUAACAUUGCUGUGUCCCUCCUGAUUGCGGACAUCUGGUUCAUCGUGGGAGCAGCCGUGUCGAAUGAAGAUGGUGCAGCCUUGGGGCCCUGUACAGCAGCCACGUUUUUUGCCCACUUCUUCUACCUGGCUAUGUUCUUUUGGAUGCUGAUGUCUGCUCUACUGCUCCUGUACCGCAUUAUUUGGGUUUUCUCAAACGUCUCCAGGUUGGCCAUGAUGCUAAUUGGCUUCUUUAUCGGCUACGGCGGCCCUCUCAUUACAGCAGUGGUGACUGUGGCAUCAACAGCUGGAAAUAAUGGCUACAUCGCGUCACAUGGCACAUGCUGGCUCAACUGGGGAAAAACCAAGGCCCUUCUGGCCUUUGUGAUCCCUGCCUUGGUCAUUGUGGCCAUCAACUUGUGUGUCAUGAUGGUGGUCCUGGUUAAGAUGCUGAGAAGAGGCGUGGGAGACACUGUACAAAAUGAUGAAAAACACAACCUCAAGGUCAUCGCAAAAUGUGUGGCCGUAUUAACUCCACUGUUUGGUAUUACCUGGGGAUUUGGCAUUGGGAUCAUGAUCAGCCCAGAGAACUUUGGGCUCCAUGUUGUCUUUGCAUUGCUAAAUUCUUUACAGGGUUUCUUCAUUUUGGUGUUUGGGACCCUCCUGGAUGCUAAGGUUCGAGCUACUCUUGCCGGUAAAUCACAAGUGUCAAGCUCCAGAUCUGGGCAAACGAGAAGCACAAGUGGAGGAGGCUCAUCUUCUACUGGAAAGCGCAUCUUUCAGAGGUUUAUAAAGAAAAGGGGAUACAAUGUUCCUGGAACAUCAAACUACUCCACCUCUUCAGAUUCUUCUGCCAAUGCCUAACAGUUUACUGCUUUUCUGUCUGUUGAAAGUUGCUUGGGAGUUGCAGCUUCUAGCCUAAUUGAAAUGAUGUUAAUCUAUAGUUGUAGACUAUGGCUAUCUGCUGUAACAACAUGAUGGAAAAUACUUGCAUUUUUUUACCCGUGUGCUGUGCUGUUGAGAGCAGGGUGUACUCCUUUGUUAUCAUGCAAUUAUUGGUGUUAUUUGCCCAAGUAUCUUUAGCUCCUAAAAUAACACUGAAUAAAUUCUGAGUUCUUGGCAGAUAUGAGUAUGAUGUAGCAUCAUUGUUGAAUGUUUUUCCUGUUUAUUUCUAUUAUAUCUAUUAUAUCUAUUGUAUUUGCAAUGGCUGCUGCUCUGAAAUGUUUGCAUUGUUUGCACUGAAAAAAAGUGUAUGUGUUAAAUGAGUUCAGGAAAGAUGCACUAUAUGAAGAACAAUUCAGUGUAACAUUAUUGUCUUUUAUCUUGUUUAUCAUUGCUGUUAACUUUUAUGAAAUGUAGCAUUAAAAUUGCAACUCAUACCUUUAA